AUGGAGACCCUGUUAGCGGUACUCCACACACCGCUGGGUGCGGUGGGAGGCGUCCUUGCAUGGUCUGGCGUCUUUCUCUUCGGCAUUGUCUCGGGUGCUCUGCUGGCUACGGCAGGCAUCGCCUACUUUCUCCUCUUUGCCUCGUCCAAGGCCAUCGUCUUUGCUGAUGGAGUCUCCACCACGGCUCCUGGUGCGAGCUAUGUUCGCCUGACGGAUGCCGAUGCAGCGUAUGCUGGCCAUGCUCCGCUUUCGGAUGCUGAUGCAGAGAUGCUUCAUGGCGCUGGCGUGGAAGUCAUCGACGCAGAUGCGGCGUCCGUGGCUGGCCUCGGCGCGCUCGUCCACAACCUCACUGAUCUCGGUGCAUACCUCACUGUCCUCCGCAGGAGAAGAAAGCACGGCGCGGCGCCCACUCGUGGCGAUGCGACGGUGCGUGCCCGUGCCCGCAAUGCAUCGGAAGCCUUUCGCGCGGCAGAGCACAACCCGGACGCCCGCGUCGCCAAGGCAGACAUCAUCAUCCGCGAAGGCUUGGUCGACAUGAUCGGCGGUCGGUUCCGGACGUGGAAGCAUCGCUUCCUAGUUGUUGUCGAUGGCCUGCUCAAGGUCUACAACAAGAAGGGCACUGAGCUCCGCUACGAGGUCCAGCUCCGCGAGGCUGUGCUCAAGGAGGACGCGAACCGCGACCCGUCGAACCACACCUUUAUCCUUGCGCUCCCCACACAUACCUCUGGCCCUCGUACCGACGAAGCACACGUCGAGUACUUUAGGUGCGCCGACGCCGACGACCGCGCAGCCUGGAUCGUCGCCCUCACCCGCGCCAUCUCGGGCGCGCGUGCCUUGGCCACCGACUCGGACUCGGACGACGGCAUGGCUGCUUUUUCAAGGCCCGCAACCGCGCCGUCAACACCCAAGGCCACCUCCCGCCCGCUCGGCCUUGACUCGGCUUCCUCGACGAUCCCGGACCUUGCACACGCUGACGACUACUCAACCCUCGACUCGGACUGGGCUGGCGGAGCGCGCACGCGGGCGUCGUCGUCGUCUGCCGCUGCUGCCGCCGCCACUGCCGACAACGACGCGGGCCUGCCGCAGGUUCCGUUUGGUGCACCGGUGUGGGAGUCGGCCGAGUGGCUCAACACCCUUCUUCCACUCUUCUACCACGACCUGGUUAUCUCCCGGCGAAUCGCGCAGUACGAGAACUACAUGCGUCUCAAGUUUGCGCACCUUCUCAAUGCCAUUGAGAAGCCCAACUUUGUCUCGACCUUUGUCGUCUCGCACUUUGAGCUCGGGAGCGAUCCGCCUGUUGUCGAGUCGGUCAAAGCCUACCCGUUUGACGACGCUCGUGACGAGCUCACGCUCCGGGCGCACAUCCACCUCCCAGCCUCCACCACCAUGACCAUCUCGACCACCAUCUUUGGCGCCAUUCCAGUCGUUGUUACCGUCGAUGUUUCACAAGUGACUGGAGAGAUCGAGAUUGUGCUCCCUGGCUCGCUCAACCGGCUCUCGACCCUCGCCUUUGUCCGCCCGCCGCACCUUGCCGUCCGCAUUGUCUCGCGCAUCGGCAAGAAAGAGCAGGUCAAGAACAUUCCGCUUCUUGCCGAGUUUCUCACCUCGCGCAUCCACGCCGAGGUUGCUCGUCAGUUUGUGGCCCCGCACAAGCGCUACUUUUCUAUCCCCUUCAACGGCCGCCCGUUUGCGCUCUACUCGGAUGAGCAGAUGCUGCAGCUCGCCCGUGGACUUCCGCUCGAGCGCGACGAGUACUUUUACGACGAGGAUUCGAUGGCGGCGUUUGUAGGCUCCCACCCGCGGACGCACUCGGAACGCUCGUCCGAGGCCUCGGUGAGCACAGCGCCGUGGCGCUCGUUCAAGGCCGGCUUUCUCUAUGUCGCUCUUCCCAACGCCCCGCCCACCACCGCAGGCUCGAUGUACGUUGUCCUCUCGGGUAGCACGCUCGCGCUAUACGCCUCGCGGGCCGAGCCAGAGCCGGAGCGGGUCCUCAAUCUCCACGACGCGUUUGUGGACUUUGUGCCCGCUGCCCGCGACGGCGCCGAGGCCGCCCACGGCUUCCCAUGGCGGCUCGACGUCAACGGCGUUCAUGCUGUUGAUCUCUACGCCGCCUCGGCUGUCGAGCGGACCGAGUGGAUUGCUGCUCUCCGCGCUGUCGGCGGACAGGUCGACGAGGCAUGGCUCGAGCUCGAGCUCGCCGCCCGCCAUGCCGCCGCCACCACCAUCCAAGCCUGGGCUCGCGGCCUUGGUGCCCGCGCCCGCCUUGCCGCCAUCCGCGCCCGCCGCGAGCUCCUUGGCAUUCUCAUCGAGAGUGAGGCCUCGUACGUCGCCGACCUCGACACGCUUGUGACUGGCUACCGAGCUCCGCUCCUUGCUGCGCUCGGCUCGGACGAGCCGAUUCUGUUUUCGGCCGACGAGAUCGAUGCCGUCACUGGCACCGGCUCGUCACAGCUCCUUGUCCUCCACCGCACCUUGCUCACUCAGCUAACGUCCAAGGCUGCCGCGUGGAACGCGUACACCACGCUCGGUGACGCCUUUGUUGCCCUUGCACACGACGGAAAGUCGCUGUUCAAGGCCUACGGGAAAAACGUGGCGAUCUGCGUCUCGCGGCUCUCACGCGCCCAGGCAAGAGCCCCAGCAUUCGCUUCGUUCCUCCAAACCCGUGAGCUGACCGACGGCCUUGUCGGCCUCUCGCCGCUGCUGAACAAGCCGAUGUACCGGCUCGAAAAAUACGCCAUUCUACUGCGCAACGUGCUCGCACAUACCCAGCGGCUAGUCCGCCAUCACGAUCUAGUCCUCCUCGACACUGCCAUUCGCAACAUUGAGGCCGCAGCCGCCAGCAUGCACUCGGCCGCAGACCGCGCCGGUGCUGCUCUCGCGGCUACAAUCACGUAGUGCACUCCGCCUUUGGAGUCGCCACAUUGCUUACCCGCUGCCCAAAAGCGGCGUGGCUUCCGCGGCAUUGGCCGGAGCAUUCGCGCGCAGCGAGCGCGUUGAGCGCGCCACCAGCACUGAGCUGCAGUCGCGGCCAUCGGGUUCGUCCAUUGGCACAAAUUCGCCGACGUCGUCGUCCUCGUCGGUGGUCGACGAACCGUAGUCACCGACCCGCAGCAGCACGUUUGGCGCCACCGCUGGGAUGUUGCGGACUGAGAUGGAGAAGGCCACCAGCGUGACAAAGCAGAGGCCAGCCAUGACAAAGUAAGCGAUGUACAUGGCACUCGCCGACGCAGGAUUGCCAAACAGGCCGGCCGCAAUGAGCGAGCCGACCGCUUGCACAAUCGACCACAUCGCCGUCACCUGGUUGCGCAGCGCCGGCGGCGAGCGCGCAUACGCAAACUCGAGGCCCGAGACGCCGAUAAAGACCUCGCCGAUGGCGAUGGCCAUGUACUGUGGCAAUUGCCAGUAGACUGGGACCACGCCCUUGCCCUUUGCAUCGAUCUCGCGCUGGACAAGCGCGGAGCCGACGUAUGCCAGCACGCCGCAGCAGAG